CUUAGUCGAAUUACAGCUACAAAGAGAAUUCGAUUUAGUACUAGCUAAUUGUUGUUGAUUCUUGUUUCACCUUUGAUAUAGAAAAAUGAUGAAUUUAUCGUCAAAACUUUAGAUUUUACAUUUAAAGAAUCCUACAGAGCAGUUCUUUGCAUACUACGAAUCGAGACAAAAACACUUGGCUAGCUCAAGCGAUGAUGGCUACUUCUAUGUACUGAAUGAAGUUUUCGUAUAAACGGUUGAUAAACUGACAUAACGGCGUCUCUUGCCCGCCACUGAGCAUCAGACUGUUCAACAUGGCUGCUUCAGAUAUUGUUCUAACUGUUCUAUUCAGUAUCCUGAUCAGUAUUGGUGUGAUAGGAAACUUCCUGGUGUGUCUUAUUAUUGCCUAUUACCGUGACAUGAGAUCUACUAUGAACUAUCUCUUACUGAACCUCGCAUUUGCCGAUAUGCUGACAGUACUGUUCGUCAGUCCACAGUACAUAUUCAUCCAUUCUUUCACACACCCACAGGGCACUACUGGAGACUAUUUGUGCAAGUUUAUUACUGGAGGAAACCUGUCUUGGAUUGGUGGAGUUGCUAGCGUAUUUGCCCUGGUUUCGAUCGCUUUUGAAAGAUACUAUGCCGUGACUGCCCCAUAUCGACAGGGAUUCAUAACCACAAAAACUCUUCGCAUCAUUAUCACCUCAUGUUGGAUUUUCUCGAUUUUGUUCAAUUGUCCCUUGUUUUACGCCAUUCGUUAUGAUGCUCGAGCUGACUAUUGCAUGGAAGUAUGGCCAAACACUGUAUACCCUAAGAUCAAUUCUCUCUGUUGGUUCCUAGUAGUGGGUGUGAUUCCAGUGUUAAUCAUGGGUGUCCUAUAUUCAAGGGUUGUUUACUCGCUGUGGAUUAAGAAAGAUGAAAGAGGAGAAAGAACAACUCAACAGGGCGUCAAAAGAGUACGAAAAAAGGUCACCAAGAUGGUGAUCAUCGUCAGUAUGAUUUAUGCCGUAUGUUGGUUCCCACAACUGACAAUCUAUCUACUGAGCUACUUUAGCCCAACCACCUCUUUUGGUGGUCUUCCAUACAUCAUAUCAGUUGCUAUGGUAACUAUCAAUUCUGCCGUCAACCCUGUUAUCUACAGUCUACAAAAUGAACGAUUUCGCAAGCAUCUGAAGACGUGUGUUUGUCAUGUUAAGAGGCGUGUACAACCGCAAACAGAUGGAGAACAACAUGCAAAGCCAAGCGUCAUACAUGCUGAUCUGACACAACCACAACAAUCAAUCAGAAUGACACCAAGUCUUCCUAGUUAAUGGACCUAACUUCACAUGAUGCAAUAUCCGCAUUACUGCAUGCCGGCACAGUUGAAUGUCACUACUGUUGUAUAUGUAUACAGCUAAUAGUUCAAAAAAGAAUGGUGAUGCAUGUCGCAUGUUCUAUACCAAGUUUGAAUUGCAAAAUGGGUGAAGUCAAUGCGAUUAGCAAAAGGUUAAGAAUUUGGAGUUUUACCAAACUUUGACUGCGUCUUUCAGCGCACCGGUAUAAUCUCUUAUGUGCUGACACUAUUUACAUAUGAAUACAAUACAUUUCAAGCUUAUUAAGCAACAAGCAACAUGCAACAAGCAACAUGCAACAAGCAACAUGCAACAAGCAACAUGCAACAAGCAACA